CGUGGCCCGGAAGCGGAAGCGGCGUGGAGCGGCCAUGGCGCGGGAGAAGCCGGAGGCGGCGGCCGAGGCGGAGGCGGCCCCGGAGCUCUCGUACCGGGAACAGAUCGAAUUCCUGAACCCCAUCGCGCAGCCGCUCGCGUCCCGCAAACUCACGCGAAAGCUCCUCAAGUGCAUCAGGAAAGCGACCAAGCACAAGCAGAUCCGGCGCGGUGUGAAGGAGGUGCAGAAGUUCAUCAACAAGGGCGAGAAGGGGAUCACGGUGCUGGCCGGGGACACGCUGCCCGUCGAGGUGUACUGCCACCUGCCCAUCCUGUGCGAGGAGAGGAGCCUCCCGUACGCCUACGUGCCCUCCAAAACGGGCCUGCAACUCUGCCCUCGGGAAGGGACCCGGCCACCCAUGGCCCCCUCUGCUCCCCAGGACCUGGGAAUGGCAGCCGGCUCCAAGCGCCCCGCCUGUGUCAUCAUGAUCAAGCCCCACGAGGAGUACCAGGAGGCCUACGACGAGUGCCUGGAGGAGGUGUCAGCCCUUCCCCUGCCGCUGUGAGGGGCGGGGGCCGCGCUGUGCCCUGCGGGGCCGCGGGGCUGUUUGUGAGGACUCUGCUGAGAGGACUGAGGGGGGAUGCUGAGCGCUGGGGGUGAAUAAAAGUGUCCGUGUGUUUGUA